UUGAACAUUUUGGUUUCUCUUCUAGUCGCUGUGCUAUAAAGCAUGCCGAACGGCAGCUUUCGAACAACGUUUGACUCCAAAUUGUGUAUAAAUUAAGUGCAACUAAAUAAAAGCAAUGUUGAAUCUAAGACGCUUGGACAGCGCCAGCACAGUGGUGCGCAACACAUUGCGCUGGAGGAAGCUACGCAGCAUGUUGCAAGCUUCGAAACGCAGGCUAUCAGAUGAAGGAGCUAAACAUAACCCAUAUGUGCACACUCACAGCUCCAAUGCGCGUGUGGUGGGGGCCGAGGUGAGUGGCAACGUCAAGGUGGUGCCCGUGUCCAAGUACGGAGGCAUAACGCACAUAACCGUGCUGACGGGCAACAGUCUGAUUGGCAAGCAGGGCGCCAAGUACGUGAAGGCAAUACUGCAAAGUGCUCGCGUGCCCGUUGAGGUGGAGAGCAUUGGCGUGGACGAGGGCGAGGAGUACUUCAACUCGGUGCUGCGCACACGUGCCGCUCUACACAUUGACAUUGUGCACGACAAGACGGAGAAGAAGAAAUCCUUGCGCAUUUGCAGCGAUCUGGACUUGUAUGUGUUUAUGACAAGAGUGCGCAGCUUCAAGGGCUUCAAUUGCCGUUUUCCGAAUGUGGACAUACAACUGAUAGCGCAGAACAAUAUGGGACAAUCGUCCGACUUGGAAUACUCGCCCGUGGAGGGCAUUGUCGAAGGUCUGCAUGUGGUGACGCGCGAAGCCACGGAGCGCUUUCUGCGCUUUGCGCUCUCCUAUGUAAGAAUACGCAAACGCAAACGCGUGGUGCUGGUGCACAAGAAGAGCGAGUGGCCCGUGUCCGAGGGCAUCUUUGUGGAUAUUGCCACCGCACUGCAUCAGAAGGAGUUUCCGGAAAUAGAGCUGGAGCUUAUGGAUCUUCAUAAAUGCGUGGGCCUGGUCAUACUCAAUCCCAACUACUUCGAUGUCAUACUUACCAACGAUCUGUAUGGCACCUUUAUGGCCACUAUACUAAGCGGCGUCUGCGGCGGCUCCAAUCUCUUCUCAUCCGUCGAAAUAGGCGAUCAUCAUGCUGUGUUCAAGCCGCUGCAGACCAAGCUGUCGCUAACAAACUACAAGAACCUAAGUCCCUAUGGCAUUGUGGCCACCUGCGUGGAGCUGAUGCUCUAUCUGGGGCACAUUAACUGCGCCAGCGCAUUGUGGGACCAAAUGAUGCGCUCCAUGUGCGAGGGCAUCAAAACGGCGGAAUUCAAGGGCAAAGAUGGCGGUGAAUAUGUGAUUUGCAAUAUAAUGAAUCAACUGCAAUGCAAAAUGUUUGACGACACGGAUCCAAAUAAGCCCAAAGAAUCAAGUUAACCAUGCGUGCUAAAGCCUUGUUAUAUUGCCUGACGAUUUUCGAUAACAAUUAAAUUCACAGUGUGUUUGGUUA